UUAAUUAAUUAUACCAUUUCUACUCUAUUAUUUUAUGCUACUUUUAUUCUUAACUUUUUCUUUGGGGGGUAAGUUAGAUGAUCAUGAAUCAUUUUUUAAUGGGGAAAUUUUUUCCUACUUUUUAGUGUUUAAAUUUUCAUCUUAAUAUUUUUCUGAAUUAUUGAAUUAAAUAUGGUUGGAUAAAAAAGUUUCACUAAAAAAAUAAAAUAUAAGAUAUUCACCAGGUCCUUUAGGAGCUAACGAAUUACUAGUAACAAUUAAAUAUUUUACCUCUCACAUAUAAUACUAAAGAUUGCUAGUAAUAUGUUACAGAGGGAGUAUAAUUUACGUAUUUGGACUAGUCUAAAUCGUAAAUUGUUCAGUAUGGUCUUUAUAAAACAUACUUCCUCCGUUUUGGUUUUAAAUGAAACGUUUGUUUUUACACGUAGCCCAACACACUUAUUUAAUCAUUAAUAUCUUUAGUUGCGCAAACGUAAAAAAGUUACAAUUUGAUAGUAUGCACCGAGACGAAUCUAACAAGAACUCACCUGAUUAUGUUUUUUAUUAUAUAAUAGCGAUAAAUUGGAGUCAAAAUUGAUCAAUGAAUAGUGUCAUUUAACCCAAUGUUUCAUUUACACAAAGGAGGAAGUAUAUGAAAUAUGAUUAGUUAGACAAAGAGAGAGAUCGAAUUUUUUUAAAAAAAUAUUGCAACCAAUUUUCUAAUUUGCCUAUUUGGUGUUAAUCAUUUGUUGCUUGUAUUAUUUUGUAUUUUUCACGCCACCUUGCAAAACUUUGAUUGGUUGUUAUUUUGUACUGUUUGAAUUUUGAUAUUUGAAGGUUGGAUCUUUCAUCUUAGUAGCCAUGUUUUAGUAUGUUGGUACUGUUUAGCCUGUAUAUUUGGCUAGACUCAAAAUCUCUAAUGAUUGUUUCGAGUUACCUAGAUGAUUUUCGAUGCAAAUUCGAUAAAGAAUAUAACUCCCUCCAUCUCUUUUUAAUGUACAUGCUUAAACUUUGUCACCGUUCACAUUGGCCGUCAUUUGUGAUCUAUACAUUAAGAAAAACAUAGUUAAGUGGUAGUUUGUUUGAUUCGUCUCAACAUAUAUUCCAAAUAUCAACAUAUGACUUUUACACGUUCUUACCUAAAGAUAUUAACUCCUAAAGUUCUACAUUGACAAACGUAAAACUCAAAUUAUGUAGAUUAAAAAGAAACAAAAGUUAGCAUAUAGGAAUAGUAUAAUAUCUUAGUAACAUUAUACUCUUUCCGUACUAUAUUAGUUUACAGAGUUUGUCUUUCAUGGUCAAAUUUCCUAAACUUCGACCGUGAAGCUAAGUUUCACAACUUCAAUGUGUAUUUUCAAAACAUAACUUCAUAAUAUUUAUUCGUAUGAUUAAUUAUGUAAAUGUUCGAAAGGUGAUUCAAGACCAUGAAAUUUAGAUCGUGUAAACUAAAUUGGGACGGAGAGAAUAUCAUAUAUCUAAUUAUAAAUUAAAGAAUACUAUUCAAUUGUUUUUCUCCUAUGUUUGUUUAUGCUGGUGAACUUUGUUCAUGCUUGUUCUAAUUGAAACAUGAUCAAUUGCCUGUUGUGGCUAUUGUGUUCUUGACAUGCCCCUGAGAUGUGGAAAUGUUGAAAUUUUGUGCUUGCACUUAGCGCACUGGCAAAGCACACUGUCAUGGAAAUGUCAAAAUAUCUGUGGUCGACUUUACUAUCUUUGAAGAUUUGGGAGCUAUUCGAAGUCUUCAAAGCAUCAUGUACCAUGUCCGAUACAUGAGAUGGAGCAGCUUAAAUAGGUGUGAUAUCAGGUGCACUUCUCUACAUAAAAGAUGACUUCCUUGAGGUCAAAGAAAGCAGUUUCUUGCAGGAAACAAUUGUCAGCAUGGCAUUGGUCGGUGCAAUGAUAGGAUCUGCUGGUGGCGGGUGGCUUAAUGAUGUUUAUGGACGUAAAAAAGCAACUCUUCUUGCUGAUUUCGUCUUUACUAUUGGUGCCAUUGUCAUGGCUGUUGCUCCAGAUCCCUAUGUUCUGAUAGUUGGACGCUUCUUGGUUGGAUUGGGUGUUGGCUUGGCAUCAGUGUGUGCUCCCGUAUAUAUUGCGGAAGCAUCUCCGACAGAAGUAAGAGGAGGACUUGUGAGCACAAACGUGCUAAUGAUUACUUUUGGACAGUUCCUUUCCUACUGCGUUAAUCUUGCCUUUACUCAGGUUCCUGGAACUUGGCGUUGGAUGCUUGGAGUAUCGGGAGUCCCUGCCAUUUUUCAGUUUUUCUUAAUGCUUUUUUUGCCAGAGUCCCCCCGCUGGCUUUAUAUGAAGAAAGAUAGGUCCCAAGCUGCUGAGGUACUCUCGAAGAUUUAUGACCCGUUUAGGCUGGAAGACGAGCUUGAUUUGCUUGCUGCUGCUGCUGAAGAGGAACAAAAACAAAAGGCUGUCAGUAUUGUAGAUGUUUUCAGAAUUAAAGAACUCAGGCUUGCGUUUCUUGCUGGCGGUGGUCUUCUGGCAUUCCAGCAGUUUUCAGGAAUUAACACUGUCAUGUAUUACAGCCCAACUAUUGUCCAGAUGGCCGGCUUUAGCUCCAAUCAGUUAGCCCUCCUAAUAUCUCUUAUUGUUGCUGCCAUGAAUGCUGCUGGAACAGUCUUGGGCAUAUACUUGAUCGACCACAUGGGGCGGCGUUCAUUAGCCCUCUCAAGCCUCUCAGGUGUUUUCAUCUCUCUCAUCCUCCUCUCUGUCUCUCUGCUCCUUGGGUCAUCUAGUAGCUCAGGGUCUAUCUACUCAUGGCUCGCUGUGGCGGGGCUUGCCCUCUACAUUGCCUUCUUUGCCCCUGGAAUGGGACCAGUACCAUGGGCUAUCAACUCAGAGAUCUAUCCCCAAGCAUACCGAGGUUUAUGUGGUGGGAUGGGAGCCACAAUAUGUUGGAUCACGAACCUUAUAGUUUCUGAGUCAUUUCUUUCCAUUGCUGAUGCUAUUGGAACGGGCAGUACUUUCUUAAUAAUAGCUGGCAUUGUGGUGCUUGCGUUUCUGUUUGUGUGUGCCUUUGUUCCCGAGACCAGAGGCUUGACAUUUGAGGAGAUGGAUCAGAUGUUCAAGGAGAGGGCUCAUGGAAGUAGGGAGAAUUCUCAAAGCCUUCUUGAUUCUGGGAAUGGGUUCGAAAAUCAGCGUGCCUGAGUUUUUUUUGUACGCUGUGUGUUUAUUCUUGAAUCUAGGAAGCCUGGAAGCAUAUGUUAUCAUACAUUUGGUAUAUGUUUGCUUAUGUAAAGGUGGUACUAUGUAGACUCUAAGUAGGUGAAUAGCUGGAUAAGGGUUGCGAGUCGUUCCUCAUUGUUGGGAGGAUUAUGGCAUUCAAAGGGUCUUGUAAAUUAUCUAAUGCACAGCUGAUUUUGUGGUAGAAAUAUGUUCAUUUGUUGCAUCUCUAUUACUAGGAUUGAUUCUUUACCUCUUUAUAUUGGGUAAACUAAUUAUGUGUUUCCAUCAACUUAAUAUAUUUUUUAUGUUCUUCUAAA